CUUGGUUGGGCAUAUUUUUUUCAACUUAUUCCUAAUCUCAUAAACUAUUCCCAUAAGCUAUUCCCAGAUGAAUGAAUCAGCUCAUAUCUCAUACGCUCAUAUCAGCACUCUCAACUCUGUGACUCCAAAGUCCAAUGAACGACCGUUAGUUUUUUUCAUUUUUCAAUAAAGUUUGGUAUUAUACCUAGGUAUAUUGACAAAUCGUUGAAUAUUUAUAUAAAAAUAUUUAUUUAUUAUUUCUGUUCAAUUCAAAGAAUUUUACUUUGAUUCAGAAUAUUGUAAAACAAAUUUGUCUACUAACCUUUUAUAACUUUUAACUGCAAAUUUAAUCAUGUCUUCGGAAAACACCAGUAUAUUAACGACCAUCUUAAACCCCAUGUUACCAUUCCAAAUGCUGCUCAGGUUGUAUUCAUUCUGUGUUCUGGUGGUGGACGCAGUAUGGGUGUACUUGAACACAAUUUAUGCCAUAAUUGAGUCGGUAUAUGAAUUCUUUAUACCACCACAUAUGAAGUCUUUGGAAAAUGAAACUGCAUUGGUUAUUGGUGCUGGCAGAGGUGUUGGCCGUUCUAUAGCUAUACAAUUAGCUGAUCUAGGUGCUACAGUAAUAUGUGUGGACAUAAAUGAGGAAAAUAAUGAAAAAACUAUAGAUUAUAUAAAACAAACUAGUAAUGCAGUUUAUGGAUACACAUGUGAUAUUACGAAGAAGGAAAAUAUUAUAGAACUUGCUUCGCACAUUAAAGUCGAUUUGGGUUUCGUUAGUAUGCUGUUUUACUGUUGUGGUAUACCAAGCCCAAGGUCCUUGAUCACACAGCCUCCCCAAAAUAUACAUGAUACACUGGAUUUGACACUGACUUCGUACUUUUGGCUCAUAGACCAGUUCAUGCCGAAAAUGAAAGCCAAGAACCACGGUCACAUAGUAGCGUUAACAUCUGUGGCUGGUCUAAGCUACAUAAAGGACAGAAUGCCGCUCAGUGUCGCACAAUUUGCAGUACAAGGCCUAGCGGAAUCACUGAUGGAAGAUCUACGAGUGAAUAAAAUUACAGGAGUGCAUGUAACACUGUCACAUAUCUAUCCGUUUAUUGUGGAUAACAACUCAGAUGUGAGGUUGAAGAUACCAAGCUACUUCGGGACAAUAACACCAGACAGGGCUGCUACGUCCAUUCUAGAGAGUGUCCGACGAAAUUACCCGGAAGCAUCUGUGCCCAAACAUCUGUUAUAUCUCGGACAUUUAUUACGAAUUCUACCACGUAAAGCUACCGUUUUGAUUAGAGAUCUCCUAGAUACAGGGGUAGAUUUUGGGUAAAUUUUCAAUGCUGUGCCUAUAAAUUUUUUUAUUAUUUCUCUUUCAAAAAGCAUUCAAAAAGAAAUGAAAAAAGUGCCUAUAGUUCAGAUAGACAAUAAGUGCCUAAGAAUAAGAAUUUUUUUAUUCAUUUAAAAAAUUUCUUAUCGGAAUAUUUAGAAAUAAAGAAAUAAGUGCCUAACUAUAGUUUUAGUUAACUACAAAGACUUGCAUCGUAUGUCUACUAUGUGUAACUGAACAAUUAUGUAUCAAAGUUGAAGGUUAUGAUGUGCUUGGAAGUUAAAUGAAAUAAUUUAUUUGUAUUGUAAUUUAUGGUGUAUUAGGUAGGUCGAAUUCCAGUAAAUAGUACGUAAUUCAAAGAUUAAAAUUUUUUUGCUAUUUCUUCCUGGAAAAUAUAAAAAAAUGUUUGACAAAACAUUUUUAAUCUUAUCAUGCAUGAAUAAUGUUCAAUGCAUACUGAGAUUAGCCUUUCUUCAAAUUACAUGAUUUUAAAACGUUUGAGCUAUUUUUAUCUUUAUGUGGGUUCAUGAUCCUGAAUAUUAUAUAGAUGUCUAAAUGUAAAUCCAGGAAUGACCCUUAAAAACGUAAGGUGUUGAUUAAUUAUAAAAGGUAACAAUGUUUAAUAUAUGUACUAUACAAAUGAAGGUCAUGAAAUGUUAUCUCAGUGAUUUAUUGGAAAGAAAUCAUAAGAUAUAGGUAUCAGUUACAAAGUUUUUAUGAAGCUCAUUAUAAGAUAAGAUGUUUAAUAUUCCAAAUUGAGCUUUUAUUUUUGAUAUAUUUUAAUUAAAAGAGUUAUUAUUAACUCACAUUAUUGUGAUCUCCAAAAAUAGUAAGUUCCUAUGUACCUAUAUGGCAUUAAGAAAGACUUAUUGUAAUAUUAUUUUGUAAGAUUUUUUUUUUUUUUUUAUAAAAAGAGUAUUUUAAUUUUUAAAAUAUAUUUAACAUAAAAGAGUAAAUAACAAAUCAUUUCCAUAUUAUUAUAAGUAUAGAUUUAAGUUUUAUAUUUGUAUUUUCGCAUAGCUAUUUUAUACAGAAUUCUUGAGACUUUUUAAUAAAGUUUUGUAAUGAA